AUGGCUACAAGAGCGUCCGCCGAUGAUGUCGAGGACAAAGGCCCAGCAGUCGCGGAUCCGGAGAUGGAGGCCUCAGAACAUCAUACACAAAGGCACAAUGCAUUCGCAGAGCUCAUGAAACCGAAGCCCAAACCGCAACACUCGAAACCACAGAAGAAGAUGGAUAGCCGAUCGGCUGCGACGACUACCUUUGGACGAGACGGCCUGGGCGUAUACAUUGCGGAGCCUGAGUCCUUCCCUGAGAGCCGGGUGCUCUACUACGACGACAAGUUUGUGGUGAUCAACGACCUCUAUCCUAAAGCGAGCGUCCACCUACUCAUACUACCGCGCGAUGGCGAGAAGAACGUACAACGUGGGCAGGAGGUGUUCCAUGAUGCACAGUUCCUAGCAGAGUGUCGAGCGAUAGAGGCAAAGGUACGGAAGAUGGUCGCAGGCGAGCUGAGGAGGAGGUUUGGCAAAUACUCCGCCCUCGAGACAGCGCGUCGCGAAGCGCAAGAGGCGGACGAGAUACCAGACGUCCUGCCGCCGGGUCGAGACUGGGAGAGCGAGGUCAUGUCAGGCACGCAUGCGAACCCGUCCAUGAACCACCUCCACAUACACGUCCUGAGCAAGGACCUGCACAGCGAGUGCCUUAAGAAGACGAAUCACUACCAAUCAUUCACGACGGACUUUUUCAUUCGAAUGGACGAGUACCCGUUGGCGGAGGACGAUUCGAGGAGGCAUUAUAGGUGGUUUCCGCGGGAUAUGGUAUGCUGGAGGUGUGGGCGGAACUUUGGGAAUAAGAUGACGAGGCUGAAGGAGCAUCUGGACCAGGAGUUUGAGGAAUGGAGGAAGAUAUGA